AUGACACUUCUAAAUGUGAUGAAUGAAAUUUUAUUAAUUAAACAGUCAAUUCCAGCACGAUCAUUUGAAUUAGCGCAAAAAUCAUUUGAUCUUUCAAAUGAUUAUCGUGAACAAGCUCAAAUUCAAUCUGGUAAUUGGAUAUUAAUAGCCAAACCAUCAUUAGCAGGUUAUUCUGACAAUGUCUUUGUUUCUAAACGAGAUUUGCAAGAUCGAACUCAUCAUUUUCUACGUUAUAAUAAUGCAAAGGAUACAGCUGUUUUAGAUUUUAAAUCAAUAUUAAUAUAA